AUGGCCAGCUAUGACGGACUUGGUAGUAGCGGUACCGGAUACGGUGCCGUUUGUCACUGGCUAAAACACAUGAAACUCUACCGGAUCGUCCUGGUCGUGGUGGUCUGCCUUCUGGUACUAACCUUCACCUUGUACAGUGUGCUCGUACACGAGGAACUAAAUGUGCAGCGCAAUGAUAUUCACCGGACGCGAUCACAGCUGUUCACGUUCGAGGACGUCAGCCCUCUAAAAGCUGCCGAUUUAAAGCUACGCAUUGAUGAAAUGCUCCGCAUGAAAGGCACCGUAUCGCUUGAGCUGCGCGAUCUCGAGUCCCGUCGUCAGAAGAUGCAGUCGGAUAUUGGGCUUUACAAUCAGAAGAUUGACGAGUUGAAGCAGGAACUCGCACGUCAGCAGACCGAGCUGGAUCGGUUGAAAAUUUCCGUGGAACAAGCCCAGGUCGCACAACGUGAAGCGGUGCUUCGUAAUACACCAGAAUUAGCACUACCGCGGGCACUUUUCUCCGACUCGCUUCCCCCCAAGGCCAGGUCAAUCGGCGCAGAUCAAAGCCGGGCGUGCAAGAUGAGCGCAUGCUUCGAUCAUUCGCGUUGCAGCCUCACGUCCGGAUUUCCGGUAUUCCUGUAUGAUCCGGACACGACGUCGGUGGUGAGCGAGGGAUACGAUAUCGACGGGUUCCUGAAAACAACUAUUAAGCAGACACUCGGCUACAACGCCCAUUUAACGACGGACCCAAAAAAGGCAUGUGUUUUUCUUGUGCUCGUUGGAGAAGCGCUUCCGGAGCAUGAAGUUCUGAAAAACAAUCGCUAUAACACGCCACAGGGCGGGGCAGAAAGAAUACAGCCGGGUGUUCCAAGUUCGAUCCCAUUGUCCAGUCUCAAUGCCACGCGGCUCCGAAUGUUACCGUACUGGGGUGGCGAUGGACGCAACCAUGUGUUGCUAAAUUUCGCUCGCCGCGAAAUUGGACCUGGAGCCGGCAAUAUGUUGCAUGGCCAAAGCAUGGAUACCGGGCGGGCCAUGCUGGUGCAAUCGAGCUUCGAGGAAACCCAAUUCCGACUAGGUUUCGAUCUGAUUGCGCCGCCCAUCCUCGGACCGCCUGGUGGUGACGUGUGGCAGGAGUGCGCCCCUAUGCUGCCAGCUCGGAGGAAAUAUUUGCUUAGCUUUCAGGGCGAGCUGCACGGGCAGAACGGAUCGGUCACCACGGUUGCCGGUCCGCACGGAACGGAUGACACCGAAAGCGACAUGGUGGACGACUUUAUCAUCGAACAUUUGAAGGAAAUGUCAACCGGCCGGACGCAGGACCACUUCAUGCUGCAGUUCGAGUGCAUACCGGCCACAGAACAGCGUAGUCCGUCGAACCUGCGCGACUGGUCGCUUUGUGGAACGGAUAAUUCACGGAAAUCCGUUCUGAAGGAAUCAACCUUUGCGCUUUUGCUCGCCCCAGGCAGUGGAAGUGUCAGCUCAACUCUGUUACAAGCGCGUUUGUACGAGGCAUUGCGUGCCGGUGCAAUUCCGCUCAUUCUCGGGGGCGAUCAGGUCCAGCUCCCGUACGCCGAGACGAUCGACUGGAGGCGUGUGGCUAUAUCACUACCUAAAGCCCGAAUCACCGAGCUGCAUUUUCUGUUGCGCGCCAUUCCCGACGCUGACCUACUGACGAUGCGACGUCAGGGCCGCCUGGUGUGGGAGCGGUAUCUCAGCUCAGUGCAGUCCACCGUUGAUACAAUCGUGGCUAGUCUGCGGAGCCGUCUGGGCAUUCCGCCAAAACCGGUUCCCUCGGUGGUGGCACACAGUGUGUUUAAUUCCUCCUUCGUUCCACUCAAAUCCGAUCCGGUGAUCGAUACGGAACCGGAAGAAUCGCUUGGUCCCAUUGAACCACCGUAUCCGAGUCCGGCGUACAGGCGGAACUACACCGCAACGUUGGUACAGUCCCGCGAGAUAUGGAACGACUGGGCCGACCCAUUCGCGCUUUACCCGCAGCUGCCGUUCGACCCCGUGCUGCCAUCGGAUGCAAAAUUCGUUGGCUCGCAUAUGGGCUUCAGACCGAUUGGGAAGGGAGCCGGUGGAACGGGCAAGGAGUUCGGUGAAUCCCUAGGCGGUAACUACCCACGAGAACAGUUCACGAUCGUGAUGCUGACGUAUGAGCGCGAACAGGUGCUGAUGGAUUCCUUGAGUCGGUUGUACGGUUUGCCCUAUCUGCACAAAGUAAUCGUCGUGUGGAACUCACCCAAACCUCCGCUUGAGGAUCUGCGCUGGCCUGACAUCGGUGUAUCAGUGCACGUCGUACGGGCACCGCGAAACUCGCUCAACAAUCGGUUCCUUCCGUUCGAUGCGAUCGAAACGGAGGCGGUCCUGUCGGUGGACGACGAUGCGCAUCUGCGACAUGACGAGAUCCUGUUCGGAUUCCGCGUUUGGCGAGAGCACCGGGACCGUGUGGUCGGUUUUCCCGGCCGGUUUCACGCGUGGGAUGUUAACACGCUCGACUCGUGGAACUACAACUCGAACUACAGCUGCGAGCUGAGCAUGGUGCUAACUGGGGCUGCCUUCAUCCACAAGUACUACACGUAUCUGUACACGUACACGCUGCCACAGGCGAUACGGGACAAGGUGGACGAGUACAUGAAUUGUGAGGAUAUUGCGAUGAAUUUCCUGGUAUCGCACGUGACACGGAAACCACCCGUCAAGGUGACAUCCCGUUGGACGUUCCGCUGUCCCGUUUGUUCAGUUUCUCUGAGCGAGGACGAUACGCACUUUCAGGAGCGCCACAAGUGCAUCAAUUUCUUUUCAAAGGUUUUUGGCUACACACCAUUGCUUAACACCCAGUACCGAGCGGAUUCUAUUUUGUUUAAAACACGGAUACCACACGAUAAACAGAAAUGCUUUAAAUUCAUCUAA